AUGGAAAGAGAUUCAAAAUUUUCAACAACAGCACCAUCAGUCUUUGAUGGUGAAAAUUAUCAAAUUUGGGCAGUACGGAUGGAAGCCUACCUAGAAGCUCUAGAUCUACGGGAGGCAAUUGAAGAGGAUUAUGAAAUUCCUGUUCUACUUGGCAAUCCAAAGAUGGCUCAAAUCAAGAAUCACAAGGAUAGAAAAACCAGAAAAGCUAAGGCAAAGUCAGCCAAAGCCAUAUGGGAUUAUCUAAAAGAAGAAUAUGAUGGAGAUGAUCGAAUUAAAGGCAUGAAGGUGUUGAAUCUUAUUAGAGACUUUGAAUUGCAGAAGAUGAAGGAAUCUGAAACUAUCAAGGAGUACUCUGAGAGGCUUCUGAACAUAGCAAACAAAGUAAGAUUGCUUGGUUCUGAAUUUAAGGACUCUCAUAUUGUUGAAAAAAUUCUGGUUCUCGCACCUGAAAGAUUUGAAGCUAUCAUAACCACGUUAGAAAACACUAAGGAUUUUUUCAAGAUCACUCUUGCAGAGCUUCUCAAUGCUUUGCAGGCAUAG